AUGUCCAUCGCUUCCACAGACCUCUCAAAAAAUUCGGCAUGGCUGAAAACGCAAUCGCCUUUGACUUUCAUCAUCAUCAGAGGUGGAACCUCCGGACUUGCUGUUGCCAACCGUUUGUCAGAGGAUCCAACUGUAAAGGUGUUGGUUCUUGAGUCUGGUAAAAACUACCUCGGAGAUCCUAGAAGUAACAUGCUUGCUGGUUGGCCCGCACUUUUUGGAACAGAGGCAGAUUGGAAUUUUGUAACUACACCACAGGAGUCGCUGGAUGGCAAGGUUAUGGGAAUUUCCCAAGGACAAACGCUGGGCGGAUUCAGUGCAAUCAAUUCAUCUGUUUUUAUGAUACCAUCUCAGGACUGGAAAAUCUUGGCACCAUACUUUCGCAAAUUUCACACAUUAACCACACCAUUGGAGGCUAUGGAGUGUCUUGGACUCCAGAACAAUCAUUCUGCAAACAUACCAUCUUCUGGUCCUAUUCAAGCAUCAUUUCCAGUCGCUCCUAAGUUUGAGUUUCCAAAAUUAUGGAACGAAACUUUCAAGAACCUUGGCUAUGGCUUUAGUGGUGAUGUUUCUGACGGCACUGCAUUUGGACCAUACUCAAAUCCUGCUUCCGUUGAUCCAAAUUCUGGACAACGAAGCUAUACAGCGCGUGCUUACUAUGAGCCUCAAUCAGGGUUGAGUUUUCUCAUGAGGGAGACUAUUAAAACUCUAAGAGCUUUCAAAGGGGUCAUCCUCGCGUUCUCCAUAAGCAUAGGAUACCUGUGCUGUAUUGAAAACCCCAACAUAAAAGAAAACCUUAAGGAUCACAUCAUUAGUGGUAUUAGCUUCGGAGUCAAUGACGGGGUUGGAACUAUUGAUAUCUUGCCCAAGGAAACCCCAAAAGCUUUGAGUAAAGCGAUGACUGAAUACAUGACCUCACAGUCUGGACCAUUCGGUCGUGCUGCUGUCAUGUCUACCUCAUUCGUACCUGUUGAUGAUUUCCAAACCAAGGAGGAUCGAGACGAGCUAGAAAAUUUGCUGAAAGCAUACCCAUCACCUGCGAGUGAUCUUCAUCACCACAAAUUCGUCCGCUCCCUUCUCAGAGGCUCAGAGCAAGGCAACGGCAUAAUAUUCAUGUAUGCUGCUCAAGGAAAUUUGGGGGCUUAUUUUCCAAAAGGGCUAAUUGUGGCUGAUAUGCCAGAGAAUUUCGUCACGAUAAGCGCUUUGCUAUUGAAUCCGCUCAGCAUUGGAUAUGUGCAUAUUUCUUCCGUAAAUCAUGUUGAUGCUUCUGAAAUAGACUUCAAUUAUCUCAGUAAUCCCCUCGAUCUUGAAGUGCUGGCUCGUCAUCUUCGUUUCGUUGACAAGCUUGCAAAAACGGAACCACAUUAUUCAUUGCUCAAGCCCAACGCAAAACGCAACAAGCUAUACACUCGCUCGAACGACUUGGACGAAGUUAAGAAAUACGUCAAGAAAACGGGCAUGUCAGAUUGGCAUCUUGUUGGAACCUGUUCCAUGCUGCCUGAGAACAAAGGGGGGGGGGGGGGCAACUUACGUGUAUUAGAUGCAAGUAUCAUGCCCAUUGUACCUAGAAGUAAUACCCAAACUGUUGUCUAUGCUGUUGCUGAAAGAGCUGCGGACAUAAUCAAGGGCACGAGCUGGUCUGAGCAUCUUUAA